UAUGAAAUAUGUGACAACCUUGAAUAUGGACCACUUACACGAUGCAUUUCAACAUGCAGAGAAACGAGGUCACCGCUAUCUUGUAUAAGUUCGGCCACCUCCACUAGUGAGGUUUUGUCAGACACAGAGGAAAAGGUACCUCUUGGAGAUGGAGUUUUCUGCUUCAAAACUGCGUAUAACGCAUUGGUAAAUGUGGAAGACAGCCACGCUGACUGGGCAUAUGCUUUGCUCAAAGGAGUUUUCGGUGAAAAAGCGCACCUUAUGAGAGUGCGAAUCAACAAAAAACAUACUGAGAACGAGAGGUUUCCUUCAAACUUUCUCAUGGUAGCUAACCCUACACCGUGAUUGGUUGCUAAAAUAGAAAAUUCGAAAUGAGAAUGGGCAGAUGCAUUCAAAAUACUCGAUUUCAGAAUUUAAUUUUACAUAUGAUGAUAUAAAUAUCUUGAAUGCACAAAAAAUGCACAUAGAAGCUUUUUCCACGGCAGCGACGAAUUACUGAACGCUACAAAUGUUUAUAAAUUCACAGCAAACGCUCUUUACGCCGUUUCCAACGACAAGAGUAAAUGUCCUUUAAACGUUUAACAGAAGAUUCUAUAAACGUUUUAAGGAACUCUUGGCAGACUCUUAGCAGCAUACGUCAUGUAAACGCUGAGCAAAGUCUCAGAAACGCUAUAUAAAAACGCCUUUCAAACGCUGCAGCGUUGCAAUUUCCUUUUUAUAAACUCUGUACUGACCGUUUCUAAACUCUCAACGAACUUCCGCAAACGCUCACGUAAACACUAAACAAACGUUCAUGUAACUUCUUAUUUUCGCCAGGGUUCUGUACCUCCUGUUGACGGGGACUGUUAAUGACUUCAUCAUAAAGUCAAAGGUUGGUGGUGUCAGUGCUCGUAUAGAUAUUUCAGAUGAUUUCCUGGUUGUCGCUGGCAUGCUCAAGAAUCGUUAUGAUAGGACUAAUCAAGGUCCGUUUGUUGUUUUCAUAGAAAAACUGGUUAUAGAUUCAAAAGACUCCUGCAACUCUGAGGAGAUCGGAGUCUUGAAACUGGGAAGAGCUCUGCUUAAUAUAUACAGGAUAUCCCAUUUUAAUGUC